ACCGCCGCCGCCAUCGCCGUAUCCACCGCGUCACCGUAAGUAGUCGGCCGAGCGCCGUCGCUGCGGUCAGUCAGUCGCACGACGACGCCCGUACGGUACGCGCGUACAACUCUUGUGUUUUACGCGAUCUUCUUGUCGCCCUACUUGUUGACGUGGACCAUAAAAUCGCGCGCCGUCAACGAACGUGGUACAUCCCGAACCAUCGUCGGUGUUCACGCACCAUGACCGAGCCGAGCGCCGCGGCGGGCGUAUCGCCGUACCGUUGGCCAAUCGGUGCGCUGUUGAUAAUGCUGCAGCUGGCCAACUCCAUGCGGGCGGUCCAGUACUCGGGAUUCGGGAAGCACGACGAUUCGACCGCGAGAUUCGGCCACAACAUGAUCAAAGGGUUGAAAUUGCAAAAGGUGCCCGACAUGGAUAAGGUGGACAUCAGCAACGAUGAAUUCCACUGCAAGUAUUUGGAAUAUUACCGGAGACUGUACGCGGAUGAAUCAGAACCAAACGAUUCCUAUGAUGACGUAUCCGCGAUACAAGUACUGGGCCGGGUGAAACACCACGGCGAUAGUGGUGACGACGGAUGGAUGCAACCGAUGCCGACAGGAAAUACGAACGGCGGAGUUGACGUACGAGCUACCACGAUCACGUUCCCGAUCGAUGCGGUGACGGCGGCAGCGCGCGACAGCACCAGCGGCAAAGUGGCCGUAAUCAAGUCGGUGGCACGAAUCCACGGCGUGGCCGGUUCGGUGAGCGCAUACGCGCGUCUGUCGACCGGCGCUGGGACGUGGGGAAAACCGUCGCUGCUCGGCGAAGUGAUGUGGCCGACAGACGGUGGCGGACGGUGGAAGGACGUGGACGUAACGCGUCUGCUGCAGCCGCGGAAACGCAGUGGCGGUGACGGGACGGCGCUGGAGAUCUCGUUGCAGUAUCCGGCGGAGGCGGCGGUUGGAGCGAUACGUUUCGACGAUGACGACGGUGGCCGGCGUCCGGUGUUGCACGUGUUCGUCGACCGCCCGGUGGUCGACAGCCGGUGGACAGUGACGUCGUGUGACCACGAAGCAGAUGGAGCGGCACGGAGGGUAAAACGAUCGGCGCCGCCGCCGGGCGAAAGCGUUCGCGGCGGUAAACGUCGACGGUUGGCGAGCUCACCGCGCCGCGGUUUCGGCAGGACCGACUGCAAGACGUCCGCUUUAGCCGCACCUGGCAACGGCACCGGCAACGGUCCAGCGGCGAACAAGUGUUGUCGUGAGACGAUGCGCGUCGCGUUCUCCGACAUCGAUUUUGACUUCGUCGUCGAGCCCAAAUGGUUCGACGCAGGCCUGUGCCGCGGCCGGUGCCCGUUCAAGUACAACUCGGCCACGCAACAUGCGUACAUCCAGAGUCUCCUGUGGAAGCGGCACAACACCAAGAAGGGUCCCCACGACCACGGCGCGUUGGACGGCGGGGACCGCGGUCGGCAGCAGCGACGGGGUCGGCGAAAGUUGCGGCACGGCGGCGACGGUGGCAGGGCGACGCUCGCAAAGGCGCCGCCACCGCCGAAACCGUGCUGCGCGGCCAACAAACUCGAACACCUGGAGGUGUUACACGUGGAUGAGCUGAACCCGACCAAGUUGAAACUGUCCACAUGGGAGGAGAUGGUGGUCGUGGAGUGCGCGUGCUCGUGAUAAUCCAAUCUCUUCGGCCACGCGCGACCGUUUCGUUCCGGCUAAACGUUUUUUAAUUCUACCAAACCUCUCCGAAAUGCUACAGGGAUUAUUGUUUAAAUAUUGAUUUAUUUUAUUUUAUUUUUCGACGAAUUUAACGUGCAUUUAAACCUGUGUGUUUUGCGUACGGUAACGCGAUCGUGUGUAACCGGAAACGAUAGUCGACUGAUCUACGUUCUGCAAACGGACCGCGUUUGCGACGACAAAAAUGUCGAUCGAAAUAAUCAUGAUUAUCUCAUACAGUUAUUAAAUGACUCGUAUCAUCAAUCGACAUUAGUCAAUUUUUUUACAUUCUUUGUACAUACUUUGUUAAAAUGUCGAAAAAUAACGCGACUAUCCACACAAAAUAUUAUUUAAAAACACGUGUAUUUUGUAUAUUCUCUACGUGUAAUUUGACCAAUCAUCACACUCAAUGGUAACUUUUAUCCGUCACGACAAUAUUUUAAUGUAAUUUCUAUUCCUGGCUAUCACAAAUAUCCGAUAUCGGGCAUUGGCGCAUAUAACAAUAACAACACUUGAAUAUUACAGAAAAGGCGUAGUUCCAUUCACUAUAUAUUAACAUAGUAACAUAUGAAUUUCAAGAGCUUAAUUUUUUUUUUCCACGAAACCGACUAGAUUCUUUCUAUUUUUGUCUUCGUCACAAUCGAAAAGUAUUGCUGUGGUACCGAGACGGUAACACGGUUCGAAUACGACGUCACUUCCUCAUACGCACGGCAUUGUAUAUAAAACAAUAUUAUACUGUAGUUAGGUAUAGGUGUAUAUUGUUAUGUUAAGAAAUAUAAAGCAAACAGUUUUUCGUUUUCGUGCAUACUUAGUAACAUAAAAUUUGUCGAUAUUGGCAUCGCAUGGUGUUUAGCCUAUUUUUGAUGAUGAGUCCUACACGGGUGUUAUACAGGCUAAAAAAUUAUUAACUCAAAAAGAUCUAACGAAUUUAAUAUUGUGUAUGUGUGGUAUACGUUAGUUAAACUUUAAUAUACAACUAUGUAGCCAUUAAUUCCAAUGUUUAGAUUUUAAACACAAAACAACAUUUUUAAGUGUUAGAAGUAAAUAUCCGAUGAUGAUUUUUUAUUGAACAUAAAAAAAAGAAACCGAGUUGUGUUCAUAUUUAGAAAAUGUAAUAUUAAGUUAAUCGUACAAUACUACUUUAUAUAGUCCAACGCCGUUUCUUCGAUAAUCGGAAUAAAUUUAAGGAUUUAGUAUUGCAGUUUUCACAUGACAUUUUUACUUUUUAUUUGAAAAUUCAGAUGCCUGUAGUUUUUUAUCUAAACAAAUAUUUUACAACGCACCCAUAAAAAUAUGCCCUAUAGUUUUAUAAUAUAUAAUUGAAUUUUAAACUUUCGGACUACCUGUUGAAUAAUAGUUUUAGAUAGUUCUCAUAUUUUUGUUAAACGCAGUGGUAGGUGGGUGCUUAAUUUCUCCCUUUAAUUUUAUACCUGUAUUAUCUAUAUUCAUAACAGUAUGCUAUAGGAUCAAUUUGAAGAUCAUAAAUAUUAAAAUGUUCAUUGUCCAAAUGUGACGUUUUAUAUUUUAAUUGGCUUAAGCUUGAUUUUUUUUUUUAAAUUGUUGUACAAAACAGCAAAUGGAGAGUUAAGGCAUAUUAAUAAUCUUAUUCCCUACAUUAUUGCGUGAUGUCCUCAAGGUGAUUCCUAUCCUAUUUUAAUUAUAUAUCUA